AUGCUGCCAACUCUACUGAAGCCAGGAUGGACAUUUUGCUAUGCCUGUGAAGCUAAUUCACCACCAAGAUCUUUCCACUGUAUGACCUGUAAUAAAUGUAUUCUGAAGCGAGAUCAUCAUUGUAUGUUUACAAGUCAGUGUAUUGGCCACUCUAACUACCGCUUUUAUUUCUGGCUGGUUUUUUAUGGAUGGUGUGGAACAAUGUUCUGUGCCAUAAAUACCGUCCCUUAUGUUUUGAAUUUGCUUGAUGGAUUUUCAAUAUGGAAACUACCAUAUUUUAUUUUACCAUUGUUUUGUUUUGUGCUACAAUAUAUACCAUUCUUUACAGCUAUCUCAUCAUUUAUUACAUUACUGUCUGUUGUUUUCUCAUGUGCAUUAUUAGCUUUGUUAUUCUGGCAUUGCAGCCACAUUUAUAAAGGACAAACAACUUUUGAAAGUUCACAUCGUAUCUAUGACUAUGAUCUUGGGUGGAAAGAAAAUAUCGUUCAAUCGUUUGGAACAAAAUGGUAUUUAACAUGGAUAUGCCCAUGGAUUAACUCCCCUUUGCCUUCUGAUGGAAUAGAAUUUCAAACAAAGGCAAAUUAUGAAAAUUCAAAAGAUCAAUAAAAUUGUAAGAAGAAUCAAAAUUAAUAUAUAUAGGCUUGCCUUUUUUAAAUUUUUUUUAUAGAUAAAUAAUUUUGAUGUACUUAGAAGUCAGAAUUACAAACUGUUUAAUUUGAAUUUCACAAUUCAAAAGGUAAGCAAUUUUUACCUCUCAGUGCUCACAACAAGAUUUUUUUUUUAACAGCUUUGUAAAUGUUUUGCUAUUUUUUUAAUUAUAGAUGGUACAAGACUAGUAUUUUUAUGAAUGAAAGGAGAUGUUGGUUAUAUGCCAAUGAGACAGCAACCAUCCAACACAAAAACCAAGACAUCUGGGUUGUCAAAUUUAUGUCUUUAAUUCAUUGUAUUCAUUGUUAUUCCCAAUUUCAUAUUUCCUUUCAUUUAAACUUUUGGGAAAGAACUUGUUGAUAUGUAGAAAUUUUUUAGAAGCAAUAUACAUAUUUAAUAAUGCAAAAGUAAGGAGAUGUGGUAUGAUUGCCAAUGAGACAGCUACCCACCAAAGUUUAAAAUGAAGUGGAUGUAAGCAAUUAUAGGCAACCGUAUGGCCUUCAACAGUGAGAAAAACCCAUACCGUAUGGUCGGCUAUAAAAGGCCCAGACAUGAAAAAUAUGAAACAAUUCAAUUGAUAAAACUAACGGCCUAAUUUAUAAAAAAACAAUUUACGAAAAAAAAAUAUGACAGACAUGAACUACAGGCUCCUGACUUGGGACAGGCACAUAAAGAAUGUGGCCGGUUAAACAUGUUUGCGAGCGCUCAACCCUCCCCUAACCUGGGACAGUGGUGUUACAGUACAACAUAAGAACAAACUAUAAAAAUCAGUUGAAAAAGGCUUAACUCAUCAGAUGGAAACUAAUAGAAAUACAUCUAACAAAAACACAGAGUGGACGUGGACUGGUACUUAUACAUCCCACAACAAAAAGACACUAAAUAGAUAUAAGAAGAUGUGGUAUGAGUGCCAAUGAGACACCUCUCCAUCCAAGUCACAAUUUGUAAAAGUAAACCAUUAUAGGUCAAAGUACGGCCUUCAACACAGAGCCUUGGCUCACACUGAACAGCAAGCUAUAAAGGGCCCCCAAAAAUGACUUGUGUAAAACCAUUCAAACAGGAAAACCAACGGUCUAAUCUAUAUAAAAAACGAGAAACACUUGUGAACCACAUCAACAAACAACAACCACUGAACAUCAGGUUCCUGACUAAGUACAGAUCUGAGAGUACUCGCAGUUACUGACAGCUAGUUCAAAGCCAAUAAGACUGGUGAUUUAACAGAGGAAAUAUAAAAUGAAAUAAAUGUGAUGGCCGUUGAUAACCAAUAUUAUAAGAAAAUUCUAUAAAAGUUGACCUCUGAUGGUUCAAUAAUUGAAAAUUAAAGCCACGAAACACACUUAGUUAAGAAAUCUAUUUUUUUACUUCAGAGAAUUUGCUCGUAUUAUGGCAAAAUUAUUGACUAAAUCUGGGACUAUUAUACUAACUACAAAUGUAGUAUAAUAGUCCCAGACUAAAUGAAAUACAUGUAGAUGUCUGAAUUUGAGUGCUUUGGUCCUUCAAAUUUAACAUGAAAGGUCAAACUUGAAAUAGCUCAAAUGUCAAAAUUGAAUUGCUUCAUGUAUAGGUUGUGAAUUAAGUGGAGUUCACUGUAUCUGAUAAUUUGUUCAUGGGUGCCAAUCUGUACUGAGAUUGUGUGCUAUACAUCAUUGCACUAAUGUUAAUUACAAUUACCUAUAUAUAGAAACUGGUCAAUGUAUAAUAUACAAAAAUUAUAAAGAUUAUGUAAUUCAUGCUAAGAACAUAUUGGUGUUGAAUAUCAUGUAUUAUUUAUUUGUAAAAUUACAGAUAUUUUAGAAAUCAUCAAUAUUUAUUAGAAAACUAUCUAAUGUUAAUGACUCAAGGUUAUGUACAUCAUGUGUUAGGGCGCAAGGUUAUGUGAAUCAUGUUAAUGACUGAAGGUUAUGUGCACCAUGUGUGUUAUGAUCAAGAUUAUGUUCAUCAUGUUUAUGACUGUAAGUUAUGUGAACCAUGUGUUAUGAUUGAAGGUUAUGUGCAUUCAUGAGUUAUUACUCAAGACUUUGUGCAUCAGGUUUAUUACUCAAGGUUAUAUGCAUCAUGUUCUUGGCUCUAUGCUAUGUACAUCAUAUUUUGGACUCAAAGUUAUGUGCUUCAUGUUCUGGGCUCAAAGUUAUGUGUUUCAUGUUCUGGAUUGUAAGCCAUGUGCUUCUUGUUCUGGACUUAAAGUUAUGUGCUUCAUGUUCUGGAUUCAAAGUUAUGUGUUUCGUGUUCUGGACUCAAAGUUAUGUGUUUCAUGUUCUGGAUUCAAAGUUAUGUGUUUCAUGUUCUGGACUCAAAGUUAUGUGUUUCAUGUUCUGGAUUCAAAGUUAUGUGUUUCAUGUUCUGGACUCAAAGUUAUGUGUUUCAUGUUCUGGACUCAAAGUUAUGUGUUUCAUGUUCUGGAUUCAAAGUUAUGUGCUUCAUGUUCUGGACUCAUGAUUAUGUGCCUCAUGUUCUUGACUCAUGGCUAUGUGCUUCAUGUGUGUUUUAACUCAAGGUCAUGUGCAUCAUGAUUAUGACUCAAGGUUAUGUGCAUCAUUUAUAUAUAUCUUAAGAUUUUGUGCAUCAUGUGUUAUGACUCAAGGUUAUGUUUGUCAAGUGAUUUACAAAAUGUAAUCCAUCCUAUUCUUGACUCAAUAUUUGAUCUUCAAAGUCAUCACUGAAAUUAAAUUUUUAAUGGAUGAUUGCUGAAACGUCGUUUGUUGUAUUUUAAUAAUGUAGCACAUUUUUGCAGUCAUGAUAUUUAUAGAUGUGUGUCUUAGUCCUUGUUGUCUAAAUUGUUGGAAUGAUUAAGUUUUUUUUUUCACAAGAACUUUUAGUUCAUUUCAUGGAUCAGUGAAUAUGGUUAAAGUUACAUGAUUAGGUCCAUUUCUCAGAUACUAUAAGCAGUAGGUCAACUAUAUGUGGUGUAUGGAACGAUUGUUCAUAUAAUCAUAAACUUGCUAAGAUAUAUUGAAAAUUUUAAUAAAGUGAUCAAAAUAUUAUAACCUGGUAUAACUUACAUCCGUAGUUAAUAACUUUUUUUAAAGAAAAUACUUUCUCCACUACUUUAUUGUAAUAGACAUAAUGACAGUCAUUAUAUAGGUGACCAUGAUAAAGCAAAUAUAUCUUAUUGAAAACUUGAAUGUCAGUCUGGCAGGUUUCGUCCGACCUUGACCUCAUUUAUAUGGUUCAUUGAUCAAUGUUAAGUUUUUGUGUUUUGGUCUGUUUUUCGGAUGCUAUAAGCAGUAGGUCAACUAUAUAUGUGGUGUAUGGAAUGAUUGUAAGGGGUACAUGUCAGACUGGCAGGUUUCAUCUGACCUUGACCUCAUUUUCAUGGUUCAUUGAUUAAUGUUUUUUAUGUGUUUUGGUCUGUUUUUCAAGUACUAUAAGCAAUAGGUCAACUAUAUUUGGUGUAUGGAAUGAUUGUAAGGUGUACAUUUUGGUGGCAUCACUUUAACCGUUCUAGAGUUAUGCCCCUUUAAAAAAUGGAAAAAUUGCAAAAUUUUUAUUUUCUUCUAAAUAUCAAGUAAUUUUUAAAAUUGGAGUUAUCUUCCUUUGUCCAUGAUUAUAGUUGAAUCAACUACAAUCAAUGCUUUAUACAAUGCAAUGUUUAAUUUUGACUUCCACUGAUAAAACACAGAUCAAGUUGAAUUUAGGUAGUGUCACUUUAACCAUUAUUGAGUUAUGCCCCUUUAUAAAUCGAAAGAUUGCAAAUUUUUUAGUUUCCAUUCUGUAACUUAAGUUUGCCCAAACCAAACAUUAUGAAACUAUACACAAUAUUCAUUACCACAAAACUAAGUUCAGGUACAAAUUUUUUGUUUCCGUUUUCUAACUUUAGUUUGCCUCAACCAAAUGUUAUGAAACUUAUACACAAUGCUUAUUACUACAUAAUACAGAUUAAGUACGAAAUUUGGUGGCGACACUUUUACCAUUCUUGAGUUAUGUCCCUUUAUAAACAUAAAAAUUGCUGAAUUUUUCGUUUUCGUUCUCUAACUUUAGUUUGUCUCAACCAAAUGUUAUGAAACUAAUACACAAUGCUUAUUACCACAAAACACAGAUCAAGUUUGAAUUUUGGUGGCGUCACUUUAACUGGAAGGAAGGUGGGGAUUGAUUUUGGGGGUUAUGGUACCCACAGUUAAGGAAAAAGGGGCCAAAAAUAAGCAUUUUUGUAACUUCCAGACAUAACUUGUGUGUAAGUGUAUGGAUCUCUCUAACAUUGUACUAAAAGGUUUCAUAUCACAAAGGGAAUGCUGGGAUUGAUUUUGGGGGUAAUUGCCUCCAAAUUUUAGGAAUUAGGGGCCAAAAAGGAGCAAAAAACAUGCAUUUUUAUAGUUUCAUGACAAUAACUUGUGUGUAAGUGUAUGGAUCUUUAUGAAAUUGUACUACAAGGUUCCAUAUCAUAAAGGGAAAGCUGGAAUUGAGUUUUGGGGUAAUUUCCCAAAAAGUUUAGGAAUAAGGGGCCAAAAAUAAGCAUUUUUCUAGUUUCUAGACAAUAACUUGUGUUCAAAUGUAUGGAUCUCUCUGAAAUUGUACUGCAAGGUACCAUACCACAAAGGGAAGGCUGGGAUUGAUUUUGGGGGUAAUUCCCUCAAAAUUAUAGAAAUUAGGGGCCAUAAAAGGGCAAAAAACCAAGCAUUUUUCUAGUUUCAGGACAAUAACUUGUGUGUAAGUGUAUGGAUCUUUAUGAAAUUGACUGCAAGGUUCCAUAUCACAAAGGGAAAGCUGGGUUUGAGUUUGGGGGUAAUUGCCCAAAACGUUUAGGAAUUUCGGGCCAAAAAGGGGCCAAAAAACAAGCAUGUUUCCAGACAAUAACUUGUGUUCAAGUGUAUGGAUCUCUCUGAAAUUGUACUGCAAGGUACCAUACCACAAAGGGAAAGCUGGGAUUGAGUUUGGGGAUGAUGAAUUAUAAGGGGGUUCAAAAAAUUGGGGGGGAUUUUUUUUUCAUUUUUUUUCUUUAAAAUUUUCCAUUUUAAAUUGGUUAUUUCUGAUUUAUAUAUAAAAGCAAAUAAUAAUGAUGUGGUUUGAAUAGGUAAAUUAAAAAAUUUUAAGUUCUUAGACCACUUUCAUUCUGUGUGAGAAACCUAUGCUGUGUCAAAUAUUUAAUUACAAUCCAAAUUCAGUGCUGUAUCAAACUUGAAUGUUGUGUCAGUACUUGCCCCAACUGUUCAGGGUUCGACCUCUGCGGUCGUAUCAAGCUGCGCCCCAGCGGAGCAUUUUAUUAAAAUUGGAGUUAUCUUCCUUUGUCCAUGAUUAUAGUUAAAUCAACUACAAUCAAUGCUUUAUACAAUACAAUGAUUAAUUUUGACUUCCACUGACAAAACACAGAUCAAGCUGAAUUUAGGUAGUGUCACUUUAACCAUUAUUGAGUUAUGCCCCUUUAUAAAUCGAAAGAUUGCAAAAUUUUUAGUUUCCAUUCUGUAACUUAAGUUUGCCCCAACCAAACAUUAUGAAACCUAUACACAAUAUUCAUUACCACAAAACUAAGAUCAAGUACAAUUUUUUUGUUUCUGUUUUCUAACUUUAGUUUGCCUCAACCAAAUAUUAUGAAACUUAUACACAAUGCUUAUUACUACAUAAUACAGAUUAAUUACGAAAUUUGGUGGCGACACUUUUACCAUUCUUGAGUUAUGUCCCUUUAUAAACAUAAAAAUUGCUGAAUUUUUUGUUUCCGUUCUCUAACUUUAGUUUGUCUCAACCAAAUGUUAUAAAACUUAUACACAACCGUUCUAGAGUUAUGCGUGUUUACAAAUAGAAAAAUUGCUGAAUUUUUAGUUUCUGUUCUCUACUUAAGUUAGCCUCAACCAAAUGUUAUGAGACUUACACACAAUGCAUAUUACCACAAAACUCAGAUCAAGUUUAAAUUUGGGUAUCGUCACUUUUACCGUUCUUCAGUAACUGUUAUGUCCCUUUAUAACUAUAUGAUAUGCUAGCGGGGGCAUCAUCUGUGUCCACAUGUGGACACUAUCCACAUUUAUUUUUGUAUUUUUGAUGAUUUUUAAUAUCCUGGUAGUUAGAUGCAUAAGUCAUGCCCCCAUUUGAACUUGUGUAAAUAUUUUUUAUUUAGUUAAUAAAAUUGUAUUAAGAAUA